AUGGGAAAUUGUUGGAAACUGUUCAAUUUAGCCACAGGCUAGGGUGUGGCUGUUUCAUCCCACAGGGGAAAAGAGUAAUAUUUGUUCUCAUAGUCUUCUUUUCGUGUGGGUCGUGUGUUUGGAAAGAGGGUGUGCUAUCCUGUAUUUAAGCAGGGUUGUACUUCAAUUGGGAGGGUUUUCUGAGUGAUUAAUACAUCCUUGGGGGGGGGGAAAAGAAAAAGAAGAAAAAGACAAAAAAGGAAAACCAACCAGCAACUUUUACUGUUUUUGGACUUCAAGUACUAACAGCGUUUCUCAGCAGAUCAACAGAGCUCGCAGCCACUGCAACAUGACAGAGACAGCUGAAGCUGUAGCUGCUGACGUGAGCAGCAAGAGAAGUGUGACCAUCGAAAUAUCAAAUCUCGCUAACAGCUACUGCCUUAUUAACCCCAGGGUAUACCUUGAGAAUGGGGAUGCAUACAACCCACCGCAACCUACAGUGCGCCCUCUAAAGACAGAGGUUUGCACAUUCACCAAGUCCAGCAGCAAAGCAACAGGAGCUGUUGGUGUACUGACCUAUGACCUUUUCGAGAGGUCACAGAAUGACUUCGCUGAGACUGUGGCUCUCAUGUUCUCCGUCCCCUGGGACUACAACCUGUACAAGAACUGGUUUGCAGUGGGCAUCUAUAAAAGGGGCCGUAACUGUGACAAGGAUUUGUACAAAGAAAUGUACUACGAGAAGAAUCAGCAUGAACAUGGGUUUGUCAGGGAGGAAGCCACUGGGUCAGGAAUCAAUUACAUGGGUAACCGCCUAGAUAUCAGGGCCACUAUGUGUCCUCUAGGCAAAGCUAUCAUGAAGGUAGAGGUGUGGGAUAAGCUUCUUACACCCAUGGGCCAGCAGGCAUAUUAAAGGGCCCCUUGAUACCAGUAUUUUUGUCAUGUUUCCUGACAGCAGAAUUCAUUCUCUGCCUUCUGCUUCUUCCUGGUAGACUGUUUCUAAUACAGCAGGCAUUGUUGCUGACAUGUGUCUGUAUACCUGGAUAUUACCCUUCAGUAAAUCUGCUUAAGAUAUGAAUUUAGUUUGUUUAUAAAUUCACCCCCCACCCUCCCAGCCCCCGAUC